GUAGCCUCAGAGCUGGCGAGGAUUAAGGAGAUUGUGAACGAGGUUGCAAGAAAACUAGUCCCGCGGAGAGAUCGGGACCACCGAACGGGAACCGGGAGUGCUGUCUGAAAUUCCCGGGAACUUGGAGCACUACGGUACAGAUGAUUACAGUCAAGUCUGUCGACCAGGAGUGAAAAGAGUGGCUGUUUCAUUGAGAAUUGAACGCGAACAUUUCAGACUACGGUGUGUUACGGAUUGUUUUUUAGCUUUAGUGUAGCAAGAAUCGAGAACAGAAUAGGCUAUACAAAGACAAAACGCCGCUUGUGAAUUAUUGCGAGGAUGGACGGCGAAAUGCGGCGGGCCUGCUUGCGCGUUGGUCGCAGCACAAGCCGCGGUGUGUCCCCGCAAAGUCCACCCGGCUCAGCGCUGCAAAGCCUGCUCUUGAUCACAGCUUUGGUCUUGCUUGGUCAGCCGUCCUCCGCGAAGGCGAAGGAAUGCGACAGAGUAUGUCUCAACGGGCAGUGCAACCCCGCAACCGGCAACUGCCUCUGCGAUCCUGGAUGGGCAGGGGAUCAGUGCCAACACUGCGGGGGAAGGUUCAGGCUGACCGGUCCCUCGGGGUUUCUGACCGACGGCCCGGGUAACUACAAGUACAAGACCAAGUGCACCUGGCUGAUCGAGGGAGAGCCGAACACCCUCCUCCGGCUCCGCUUUAACCACCUGGCCACGGAGUGCAGCUGGGACCACCUGUACGUGUACGACGGAGACUCCAUCUACUCCCCCCUGCUGGCCGCCUUCAGUGGUCUCAUCGUGCCGGAGCACUACACAAACGAGACUGUCCCAGAGGUGGUGUCCAAAUCGGGCUACGCCUUGCUGCACUUCUUUAGUGACGCGGCAUAUAACCUGACCGGCUUCAACAUCUCCUACAGGAUAAACUCGUGCCCCAACAACUGCUCAGGCCACGGGGCGUGUCGGGUGGGCAACGCCAGCUUUUCGGUGUUCUGCGAGUGCGAGGACGGCUGGAAGGGGGAGGCCUGUGACAUCCCCUACUGCCUGUGGGAUUGUGGGUACCCCGAGAGGGGCAUCUGCAGACCCAACGGAACCAGGGGCUGCCUGUGCUAUGGGGGCUGGCAAGGUCCCGAUUGCUCCAUACCCGUCCCGGCGAAUCGUUCGUUCUGGACGCGAGAGGAGUACUCCGGGCGAGGCCUGCCUCGCGCUUCCCAUAAGGCCGUGGUGGACCGCGAGGUCAUGUGGGUCAUCGGGGGGUACAUGUUCAACUACUCCGACUACAACAUGGUGCAAGCGUAUAAUGUGACCUCCCAGGAAUGGCUGCCUCUCAACCGCUCUGUGAACUCCGUCACAGGCCGCUACGGCCACUCCCUGGCUCUGCACGAGGGUAAGAUCUACAUGUACGGGGGCAAGAUCGACUCUACGGGGAACGUGACCAGCCAGCUGUGGGUGUUCCACGUGCACAACCAGUCCUGGGUGCUGGCGGGCCCCCGAGCCAAGGAGCAGUACGCUGUGGUGGGGCAUUCAGCCCAUGUGGUGCCCCUGGCCCACGAUGCACCUGUGAUGCUGGUCAUCUUCGGGCACUGCCCCCUCUACGGGUACAUCAGCAAGGUGCAGGAGUACAACCUCGCUACAAACACCUGGCGCAUCCUGAAGACCAACGGCGCCCUGGUACAGGGGGGGUACGGGCACAGCAGCGUCUACGACCCCAAAACACGCGCCAUCUACAUUCACGGCGGCUACAAGGCCUUCAGCGCCAACAAGUACGGCCUCGCCGACGACCUCUACAAGUACCAGGUGGACACCAGCAUGUGGACCAUCCUGAAGGACAGCGGGUUUUUCCGUUACCUGCACACGGCGGUGAUGGUGAGCGGCUCCAUGCUGGUGUUCGGGGGGAACACACACAACGACACGUCCAUGAGCCACGGAGCCAAGUGCUUCUCCUCCGACUUCAUGGCCUACGACCUGGCCUGUGAUGAGUGGUCGGUGCUGCCCAGACCGGACCUCCACCAUGACGUCAACCGCUUCGGGCACUCGGCCGUCUACAGCGACAGUGUGAUGUAUGUGUUCGGGGGCUUUAACAGCGUGCUGCUGAGCGAUGUUCUGAUGCUGACCCCGGCCAGCUGUCGGGCCUUCUCCAGCGCGGAGUCCUGCAGCUCGGCUGGCCCGGGGAUCCGCUGCGUCUGGAACAGCAGCCUGGGAGCCUGCCUGUCCUGGGACCAGGCCUCAGCCCACCUGGGGCAGCUCACGCUUGCGGCCUGCCCCCCCAAAGCAUACGCCGAUAAGGAGAAGUGUGACCAGUACACAGACUGCUACAGCUGCACCGCCAACACCAACGGCUGCCAGUGGUGCGCGGACCAGUGUGUGUCCAUGAGCAGCAACUGCACGGCCGUCACGGGCCCCAUAGCAGAGUAUGAGACCUGUCCCAAGGACAACCCCGAGUACGUGUGCAACAAGAAGACCAGCUGCAAGAGCUGUGCCAUGGACCAGAACUGCCAGUGGGAACCGCGCAACCAGGAGUGCAUCGCCCUGCCCGAGAACAUCUGCGGCGAGAGCUGGCACUUGGUGGGGAACUCGUGUCUGAAGUUCAUCACGGCGAAGGAUUCGUACGACAACGCCAAGCUGACCUGCCGCAGUCACAACGCCGUGCUGGCCUCCCUCACCACGCAGAAGAAGGUGGAGUUCGUCCUGAAGGAGCUGCAAAUCAUGACCGUGCUGUAUAAGGCCACAGUGACCCCGUGGGUGGGCCUGAGGAAGAUCAACAUCUCGUACUGGUGUUGGGAGGACAUGUCUCCCUUCACUAACUCCUCCCUGCAGUGGUUGCCGGGGGAGCCCAGUGACGCAGGGUUCUGCAGCUACCUGGCCGAGCCGGCCUCCAGUGGCCUCCGAGCCGCCACCUGCGUCAACUCCGUCAACGGCAGCCUGUGUGAGCGCCCAGCCAACCACAGUGCGAAGCAGUGCCGGACGCCCUGCGCUCUGCGGGGGUCGUGCAGCGAGUGCACCAGCAGCAGCUCAGAGUGCAUGUGGUGCAGCAACAUGAGGCAGUGUGUCGACUCCAACGCCUACGUGGCCUCCUUCCCCUUCGGACAAUGUAUGGAGUGGUACACCAUGAACAGCUGCCCACCGGUGAACUGCUCAGGCUACCGCACCUGUGGCCAGUGCCUGGAUCAGCCUGGCUGUGGGUGGUGCACUGACCCCAGCAACACAGGGCGGGGCCAGUGCAUCGAGGGGUCUUAUCGCGGCCCCUUCCAGCCUGCAAUCCCUGCUCUCUACCAGCAGCCUGUCCUGAACCUCACCAUGUGCCCUCAUGAGAACAAGUACAACUGGUCCUUCAUCCAGUGCCCUGCCUGUCAGUGCAAUGGUCACAGCGGAUGUGUGAACGAGAGUGUGUGCGAGAAAUGUGAGGACCUGACCACCGGCAGGCACUGCGAGAGCUGCGUCUCUGGUUACUACGGCGACCCCACCAACGGGGGCAACUGCCAGCCCUGCAAGUGUAACGGACACGCCAGUAUGUGCAACCCCAACAAUGGGAAGUGCUUCUGCACCACCAAGGGCAUCAAGGGAGACCGCUGUCACCUGUGUGAGGUAGAGAACCGUUACCAGGGCAACCCCCUCAAAGGAACCUGCUACUACACUCUCCUGAUAGACUACCAGUUCACCUUCAGCCUGUCUCAGGAGGAUGACCGCUAUUACACCGCCAUCAACUUCGUGGCCACGCCUGAGGAGCAAAACCGGGACCUGCACAUGUUCAUUAAUGCCUCCAAGAACUUCAACCUCAACAUCACCUGGGCCAUCAGCUUCGCAGCGGGUACCCAGGCGGGCGAGGAGUUCCCCAUCGUCUCCCGAAGCAACAUCAAGGAAUUCAAGGACAGCUUCUCCAACGAGAAGUUUGACUUCCGCAACAACCCCAACAUCACUUUCUUUGUGUACGUCAGCAACUUCACCUGGCCAAUAAAGAUACAGGUUGGUUAAGGAGGAACCGACCUUGGAUUCGCUUCCUCCUCAUUCUUUUCUAUCAUAACAAGCACCUGAGCGCACCCAAUGAUGGGAGAGUGUUCUGCCUUAUCUCCUGAAGCUGUGGCCGAGCACUCACCCCUCCCUUACAUUUUUGCUGGUUAUCUGUCACAAGCACAAUUUAUUCUUUUAAGCAGUUUUCUAACUAUAUACAUUGUACAUAUCUGGAUACAUAUAUCCUAGGUUACAUUGUACUACAUUAUUUUUUUCUCCCACAACAGACUCAUAAAAUAUUAUAUGCGAUUUUAGGAAAAAUCACAACAGUACUUUAUCUGUCAAAAGAGCUCAUCACACGUUGUAUGCGGCCCUUAAAGGCCAUUCUGUUGAAGUUUUAGGUAUGACAUUUUAAGAACUGAAAUUGUCGUGUCUAGGAAACGACAGAGUCCAAAUCUUCAAUUUGUCGAAAAACAUCUUCGCGAGGGAAAAGACGACACCAGGCAGCAAGAUCUUCAGGAAAAUCAGACUUUAUUAGCACACGUGCAUAAAGCCGGAUCAGCUCUCCAGAACUGAACCCCGACUGGCAUUUGUACACCCAUUUUAUACACAGUUACUCCACCUACAACUCCUCCUCGAACCGCAUUCUGGCAAAUCACCCACACUUUUCUUAUCGUAACUCCUCCCAACGCUCCUCCCACAACGUCAUUGUGGCAAAUUGCCAACGGUCCUUAUGCUCUGCCAACUCUGUACAAAGUUCAGGGCAUUCUGCCAACUACGUGUCCUCACUUCACCCCGCACCUGCUCUUGGCAAACUACCAGACCUCAGAAAGUUCUGGAUGCCCUCCCUCUAACACGUCAUCCAUACACGUCACUCUGUAUCUUUCGAUUUUAUAAGACGAACUAAGCAGCAGUAAUCAUUGAAAAUAUACAGACAAACUAAACAUUUCAUUAAUAUUCACUUCUAAUAUACUUUUCUAAUCUACAGACAUACUAAACAUUUGAUUAAUUAUUUUCUUCUAAGGGAGUAAAUGUAAGUAGCAUUCUUUGCUCUCAUUUCGACAGUUUUCACUGUGGUUUCUUGCGUUUUCAUAAGCUCAGCUAUAAUUAAUGUUCUAGGUCAAAUAGAUACACUCCUGGCAUAAAACAUCGAGAGUCCUGGAGAAAUCAGCUGUACAGUCAUAUCUUGCUAUGCCCGUGUCCUUGACAGUUUGGUCUACACAGUUCAAGACGGGCCCCCCCCCUGCCAGCUGGCUGGGCUCACUGUGUAAUCCUGGCACAAUUUAGCAGUUAAUCAGUUUGAAACUAUACAGGGUACAUAUCAUACUUUAAUACAGAUAUAUUGAUAAACUUUUAGCACACAUCGUCGAGAGUUUUGGAGGAACCAGCCUGCUCACUAAGGCGGAGUCUGAUUUUGACUUGUGAUUGGUUAUCAUGCUUUUAGGAGGGAGAUCUUUCGUUCUGUGAAUUUUCCCCUACAAAAGGACUAAGUUAUUCCAGUAUUUGCAUUAAUUUCGAUGCAGAAUUUUAAAGGCUCCUGUAUCUUUGCGAGUUAGCAUUUGAGGUUGAAGAGUAGUCUUAUAUGCAAAGUAAAAAGGGGAGCUUGAGGUUGCUUUAGAGCAGGAACAUGCUGAAAUGUGUAGGAUUUCGCUGAAUCCAUGGGGUUUCGGAGGGAAUUUGCAUGGGAAUCCAUGGUGGAUAAAGGAUUUGUAUAUGAAGGCCUGGAGAAAGAGGGUCUACAGUAUGUUUAACCCAAUUAGAGUUUUUCAUUUGGUUGGCGCCUUGCAUGGCAGCCAAUCACUGUGAGUGUGUGAGUAUGUGAAAGAGAAGCAUCAAUUGUACAGCGUUUUGGAUAAAGGAGCUAUAUAAAUGCCAACCGUUUACCAUACUUGGUGGUACAAGUGUCUGACAACGAUGAUGGAUUCCCUGCUGAAUAAUGUCUAAUAAUAUCAGAUACCACUGUUCCUUUUUGCAAUAAUAAAAGUACUUCCGGCAAU